CUUCCGGUACCGCUACUUCCGGCCCGGAAGAGCUGUGUCAGGGUGCAGGAAUAGGGCAAGAUGGCGACAGCGGCUGUGAUCGAGUUCCAGAGGGCGCAAGAAAUGGUGGUGACGGACCGGGCGGCGAGUAUAGACAUCCUGCAGUCUAUAGUGAAGCGAGACAUCCAGGAAAGCGAUGAGGAAGCCGUACGCGUCAAGGAGCAGAGCAUCUUGGAGUUGGGUGGGCUCCUGGCCAAAACCGGACAAGCAGCAGAGCUUGGAGGUCUUCUGAAAUAUGUCCGCCCCUUCCUGAACUCCAUCAGUAAGGCAAAAGCGGCCCGUCUUGUGAGAUCUCUCCUGGACCUGUUCUUGGACAUGGAAGCUGCAACUGGACAGGAGGUGGAGCUGUGCUUGGAAUGCAUUGAAUGGGCCAAGGCAGAGAAAAGAACUUUCCUGCGCCAGGCACUGGAGGCACGGCUUGUGUCACUCUACUUUGACACUAAAUGUUACCAGGAGGCGUUGCAGUUAGGUUCACAGCUUCUACGAGAACUGAAAAAGAUGGAUGACAAAGCCCUUUUGGUGGAGGUACAACUCCUGGAGAGCAAAACCUACCAUGCCCUUAGUAACUUACCCAAAGCCAGAGCCGCCCUAACGUCUGCCCGUACCACAGCCAAUGCCAUCUAUUGCCCACCCAAGCUCCAGGCUGCACUGGAUAUGCAGUCAGGUAUAAUCCAUGCAGCAGAGGAGAAGGACUGGAAAACGGCUUACUCCUAUUUUUAUGAGGCUUUUGAAGGGUAUGAUUCCAUUGACAGCCCCAGAGCUAUCACAGCCCUGAAGUACAUGCUGCUCUGCAAGAUCAUGUUGAACACACCAGAAGAUGUUCAGGCCCUGGUGAGUGGGAAGCUGGCACUCCGUUACGCUGGGCGGCAGACAGAAGCGUUGAAGUGUGUCGCUCAGGCCAGCAAGAACCGCUCCCUUGCCAAUUUUGAGAAGGCACUGACAGAUUACAAGGCAGAGUUGCGGGAUGAUCCCAUUAUUAGCACUCACCUGGCUAAACUCUAUGACAACCUGUUGGAGCAGAAUCUUAUUCGAGUCAUUGAGCCUUUCUCUAGAGUACAGAUUGUUCACAUAUCCAGUCUCAUCAAACUGUCAAAGCCUGAUGUAGAACGCAAACUCUCCCAGAUGAUCCUAGACAAGAAAUUUCACGGUAUCCUAGAUCAGGGAGAGGGGGUCUUGAUCAUUUUUGAUGAACCGCCUGUAGAUAAGACAUAUGAAGCUGCUCUGGAAACCAUUCAGAACAUGAGCAAAGUGGUGGACUCUCUGUAUAACAAGGCCAAGAAGCUCACAUAGACCAUUCAGAAUCAUCAGCCAUUGGGAAAUCAGAGCGGCAGGAGCAGCGGACACCUCUCCUUCCUCCUCAUGUGGGAUGGUGGAAAAGGGGCAGGGGGUGCUGAAGGGAAUCAUGUUUUUUUUUUCCUAGGGACAUCUUUAUUUCAAAUGAGCAAUUGUAAAAUAUCAAUGAAUGGGUGCAUCCGUAGCACAGGCCUCUUUCAGGUUAAAUCCAUGCCCUUGACUAUUUCCACUCCUCCAUCCCACGUCCAGGGGUUGGGGUUAGAACACUUGCUUGUUUUAUAGGUUUUUUCUGUGUACUUUCCUGAAGCAGUGCUUGUGGGGGAAGGGGGGACACGACUCUUUGAGCUUACCCUUGUCCCCAAAGCCUUUGUUCCGUGAGGGCGCACAUGGCAUAUGCUGUAUGUGCUACGAGCCACCCAAGGCCGAUAGGGAAAAGACUCAUUAGGGCUCACGGUUCAGUUUUGGCAGGGAACCCUCACUUUUCAGAAAUUAAACGGGUUUGCUGCUUGCAGGGAUUUAACUAAACAAAAAAUUGCCAUUUGCCGCUCCUGUUACAACUCCUUUAGGACAUGCCCCCUCCUCCCUGCUGAUGUCCUUUGGGUUUCAAUGUCCCACAAGAGGUGCACAAUUUCCACCCAACUGAAACCAGAGUAUAUCUGAUGUUCAGAUGUGUUCCAAUAAAGAUCUUUUUUUUUUU